AUGGAAAGUGGCAAAAUGCCCCACAAAAUUGUACCCACCUUACACCUAUCGAUUACCGGUGGCCAGACCACGCUUAACGAUUGCCGAGUUGCAUCCACCGCCAGUUUGACUGGCAAGACAAACUACACACAACGUUCCUGGAGUGUUCCACAUCAACGCAACGGAUCGGCAUCCCUGAUCGCCGCCCUAAACGCCCAAUCCCGUGCCUCACCUGCCACUUCGGCCCGUCUGCUCCACCCACCACCACGACUCACUUCGUCGCUGCCUCGUCUGACUGCCCACUAUCGAGGCCGAGUCAAUCCACGCAACAGAUACAGACGCAGAAGCGGCAGUAGAGGUCGUUCCACCAACUACCAUCGAUACAGCAGUCGCCCCUCAUUUCUGGUUCCACACAGAUUGGAGUACGUCCACGCGCCUUUAGAGCCGCGGCUUCAGCGGGCGGUUAAUAAGAGGUACACAAAGCUCAUGGCAGACUCGGCUAGACGCCUGGUUUCUGCUCACCAACCCCUUGAAUUUUGA